AUGGGGAGAAGGAGAAGUGAAGCUGAAGGAAGCAACACGACGUCGAUAGAGGUGAAACAACUCAAUUGCUUCACCUCCAGAGAUGUCGUGAUCGACCCGGUGAAGGUUGUCCAGGUGGGCCAAUCACAGGAUAAGGAAACUGAUGGCCCCAGCGAGGUGGGGCGUCCCCCAACUGUGGCGGUGCAAAGUGUAUCGGAACAGAACAUCCACUUGUUAACUCUUUUUCCGCACUCACCUGGCUGUGGCUUACAUGGCAUUUCUUUCUGGCCUCUGGGGGUUACCCAGCAGGGAUGCUGGAGUCCGAAUAUGGGAACAGAAGGAAUGACUAACCUAGGUUCUAAAAGCAGACUUGCUAUCAAGGUUUCAGUAUCGCACUGCGACAUGAUUCAUGAAUAUGCAUUCAACAAGUCCACGUUGGCUUUAAUGAUGAAGUCAUCCGCGUGUUCGGAUGAAGGAAGUGGCAUUUAUAGGAGACUGUCUGAAUUAAGGGGUAAAGGUCGGGAUUUGAUAACGCGUCCUGACACACUUGGUUUAACCAGCACGCUGACUAUCAACGACUGGUGGCAGAGGGAGAUAAAGAACGAGCUGUCGAAGCCCGUUAACUGGCUCGACAGAAUCAAAAGGUGUUCAGCUCUUGACAAGGGUUACGGAAAAUUUUUGGCUCGUUCAAUUGAAUCGUGUGCACCAAAGGGAUAA